AUGACUCUGAUUGGUUACUUCAACUAUCUCCAUGGCCGUCCCUUGUGCCUCAGGCUUGAAUUCUUUAUCUGGGCGAAAGUUCUUCAGUCUGCUCGUUGCCAAAGGUACCUUGAGCCUCCAUUCUUCAGUGUGGUGUGUUUCCGAUUAUCUCCUUCAUGCCGAAUUGGCCAGGAGAGCAGCACCCCUGAAACACUGUGGUCUCCUCGUCUUGCUGUCUCUUACAGCCCUGAAUACAUUCAUGCUUUAGGCAAAGAUCAGGCAUUUGACAUCCUCGCACAAAUUGCACGGAUUGAGAAAAAGACUUUUCCGGCUAACGAGGCAUUCCCCUUUGGAGAAGACCUUUGGAAGAAGAAGCCUAACACCAGGGUCUUAUAUGCGGUCAGCACAGCUUCCGGUGUACCGCGUCGUUUAGUUGCCUAUGCUGUCUAUGUUCGGCAGAAAGGAGUAGCUUUACUGCACAAAGUCUGUGUUGUGGAGGCAUUUCGUCGACAGGGUAUCGGGAUGCAGCUUAUGAACUACAUUCGGCAGCGUCUCCAGAAGGAAGGCUGCCAAUACAUUCAAUUAUGGGUGGACAAGGCUAGGGAACCCGCUCGUUCAUUGUACAAUCGCAGUGGGUUCGAAGAACGAGAGGAGAUUGCCGAUUACUAUGCGCCAGGUCGUACUGGAAUUCGAAUGGUCCUUGACCUCAAACGCGGUUGA